AAACACACACGCGCACACACAAAAACACGCGCGCGCGGGGCGGUGCUCCCUGUCCCCGAUGCAGGUUUAUAAAUUUCCGCUCAAAACACUUCUUCCCGCAGCAUGAGUGCAGUUUAGUUCUGUGGGGAAUGGUUUAGGGUUUAAGUUAGGCUUGUUGUAUCAUGGGUUCUUCAAAUCCGUCCGAUUGUCCAAUCAGGAUUGACCUAGAUGAUGAACGCGAAGGCGAGCACGUCGGUACCACUGACUACUUCUUUGUGAAGAUAGGAGAGGCCAUUCCAUUGAUGGCCAAUGACUUCAAUUUUGAUCUUGAAAGCCUGCCUUGUAUGCCUCUUGCUGUCUCUGAACGCUUUGGCCUCAUUUUUGUCGCUCAUUCCUCAGGUUUCUUCGUUGCAAGGACCAAGGACGUCAUGGAUUCAGCUAAAGAGUUCAAGGAGAAGGGCAGUGGUUCUCCUAUACAGCAGCUGAGUCUUGCUGAUGUUUCUAUUGGGAAGGUUCACAUAUUGGCUCUUAGUACGGACAACUCGACGGUGGCAGCGUCUGUUUCUGGUGAUAUACAAUUCUUCUCUGUUGAUAACCUUCUAAGUAAGGAUGUAAAGCAGUCUUUUUCCUGUUCACUCAAUGACCAGAGCUUUGUUAAAGAUAUGCGCUGGAAAACAACAUCAGAAAAAUCUUUUAUUGUUCUUUCUAAUGUGGGGAAACUGUAUAAUGGAGAAGUUGAUGUUCCCCUUAAAGAAGUGAUGGACAAUGUUGAUGCUGUUGAGUGGAGUGCAGAAGGAAAAUUUGUUGCGGCUGCCAGAGUGAAUGUUAUUAACAUUUUGUCAGCCAAGUUUGAAGAACGAAUUUCAAUCUCAUUAUCAUUUAGAUCAUGGACUGGUGAUUCUGGGGAAAGCUGCCAAGUAAAAGUUGAUUCUAUCAAGUGGGUUCGACUUGAUUCGAUUGUUAUUGGAUCCUUUCAACUUGCUGAAGAUGGAAAGGAGGAAAAUUAUCUGCUUCAUGUCAUAAAAAGUAGAGAUGGUGAAAUCAUUGAUGUUCAUUCUCAACUAACUGUGCAAUCCUUCUAUGAUAUUUAUCAAGGACUAUUUGAUGACAUUGUGCCCGUGGGAUGCGGACCACACCUGUUAUUGACCUACCUAAAACAAUGCCAGCUUGCAAUCAAUGCUAACAGGAAAAAUACAGAUCAGCACAUUAUGUUGCUUGGUUGGUCUGUAGAUGAUGAUAAGAGUGAAGUUGUGGUCAUUGACAUUGAUCGAGAUAAUUGGGUUCCAAGAAUUGAGCUUCAAGAAAAUGGUGAUGAUAAUUUGGUCUUGGGGCUAUGCGUUGAUAAUGCUUCAGUCUAUCAGAAAGUUAGCGUUCAACUUGGUUUGGAAGAAAGGACUGAGCUCACACCAUGUUGUGUUCUUAUAUGUCUUACAUUAGAUGGAAAGCUUGUCAUGUUCAAUGUUGCCAGUAUUGCAGGGAGUGAAGCUUCUGCUGAGUUUGUUUCUGUAGUGCCUGAUGAGGAAAAGAAUGCCCCUUUAAAGCUUCCUGUGGAGGAAUGUUCUACUCUUUUGCAUGGAUUGCUGAAACAAGAAUUAGAGCAGGCUUCUGAGGUGCCUGGGAAUUUAAAACUCAGGCAAUUUGCAGAUCCUUGUCAAGAACUUAAUGAAGAUAUCACUAAGAGCCAAGAAGUGAAAUCAGUGGCAAAUUUAUGGUCUGUUAAGCCUGAUGAGCAGCAAAUGGUUUCAGAUGUAAAUCUGAAUCAAGAAUCUAAUGGUCAGAAUGCAUGCCUGUCACUGGAGCAUAACACUAUGCUAGGUCAAUUUUCUUCAAGUGCUUCUCUGGAGAAACUGAGCAGGAUUGAAACCCAAAAAAUUAGAGGAAUUGAAUUUAGUAGUGGUUCUUUUAGUGUGACAAGUCCUGCUACUUCUGUUUUGCCUAGUCAUAGAAGCUUACAAGAAAGUAAUCAGAUGACUAAUGAAUUGUUGAGCAAAAGUAGUUCAAGGCACUUGCAGAUAUCUUCUCAUCAAUCAACAGGUAAUAGGAAUAUUAACGUUGUAAAAGAUCAUGCAAGACAUGGUCCGAAGCCUUUUGAUGUUCUGGGUACGGAUGGUGUAUUCCCUGCUGUCAAUUACAAUGGUAGACCAGUUCAGAAUGAGGGACAAAAAGCAUCGAAAGGAGCAGGAAAUAUGGAAAUGCUCUCAUUUUGUACCACGCAACUUCCAAUGAAUGAAACUAGUACAGUUGAGAAAUCUUCCAUUCGUAAAUUUCAGGGCAAUGAACAGCGCAGGGCUUCCAUGCUUGGGAUAUCGACUUCUGAACCAAACUUGUCAAAGCAAUUUGGCAAUAUUCAUGAGAUGACUAAAGAGCUGGAUCUGCUAUUGAGGUCAAUAGAAGAGGCUGGUGGCUUUACAGACACUUGCACCAGGUCACUUAGUUCAUGGAAGGAUUGGAGCGAGGCUUGAUCACUCUAUCUGAGCAUAGCAAAAUAUGGAUGUACCAAGUCAUUGAACAACUUGAGGAGGUCCAUUCUCUUCUUGAUAAGACCAUACAAGGUGUUUUUGCUUUGGAUCAUGUGAGUGUUGACUAAUCACACAUACUGCAAAUGCGAUGUCUGGCCUGGUGUGAGAGAGAUAUGUCAACUUUCUCACCAUACGUUGGUAUCUUCCCUUAUCAACCGACUUACCAAGAUCUUCAUCUUCACUGAUAUUGUCCACUCUCAUGGGAGUAUCACUUGGUCUGCAUCCCAUCAUGCCUGUCUCCUUUAGGAGAUCCUGAACAUGCUUUCUUUGAGAGUUUCAGUUGUGUCAGCUCCAGUGAGAACAAUAUUAUCAACAUACAACAACAACAACAACAACAACAAGCCUUUAUCCCACUAGGUAGGGUCAGCUACAUGGAUUGCAAGACGCCAUUGUGCUCUAUCAACAAUAUUAUCAACAUAGACAGCUAGAAUUGUCAUUUUCCCUUUGCUAUGUAGGACAUUCUUUCUUUCUCUUAUUAGUUGGAAAUCGAGUGACAUCCUGGAAGUGAUCCCUUAAAUGCUGAUUUUGUAUGCUGCCGUUGUUUAUUUGGUUGUUCAGCAGUUAUCUACCUUUUUUCCUUGUUUGAUAAUAGUUCCUGAUUUGCUGGACUC